AUGGCGAUCAACAAAGCUGAACCCUUUGAACAUGGCAAUUCAUGUGGUAAGGAGAAUAGUGUGCUUCAGAGGAAUGUGCAUGCAUCGCGUCUCGCAAUCACUGAGCCGAAUAUGGACCACAAGGAGGUUAUAAAAGCUUGCAUGGCCAGUACCUUAAACAGAUAUACAGAAACUCUGGCUAAUAGAGCUCUAUAUCACAUAGGUUAUCCAGCCAAUCUGGACUUUGAUUAUGGAGCUCUAGCACAUUUGCAAGCUUUUUCCCUAAACAACAUUGGGGAUCCAUUCAUUGAAGGAAACUAUAGAAUGCAUUCGCGAGAGUUUGAAGUUGCCGUUUUGGAUUGGUUUGCCAAUCUAUGGGAAAUUCAGAACACUGAUUAUUGGGGAUAUGUUACAAACGGUGGCACAGAAGGAAAUCUUCAUGGCAUUCUAGUUGGGAGAGAACUUCUUCCAGAUGGGAUACUAUACACAUCAAGAGAUUCACAUUAUUCUGUCUUCAAAGCAACCAGAAUGUAUAAAAUGGAGUGUGUCAAGGUUGAUACUUUAUUCACGGGUGAAAUGGAUUAUGAGGAUUUCAGAGCCAAGUUGCUUCUUAAUAAGGAUAAGCCGGCCAUCGUCAAUGUCAAUAUAGGAACAACUAUGAAAGGGGCGAUUGAUAAUGUUGACACUAUUAUACAUAUUUUAGAAGAAUGUGGAUUUUCAGAGGAUAGAUUCUAUAUCCAUUGUGACGGAGCUUUAUUUGGAAUUAUGAUUCCUUUUGUUAAGCACUCCCUUCAAGUUUCUUUCAAGAAUCCAAUAGGAAGUAUCACUAUUUCUGGACACAAGUUUGUGGGAUGUCCAGCGCCUUGUGGAGUUUAUAUAACAAGGAAGCAAUACAUUCGUACUAUCUCAACAAAUAUUGAGUUUUUGUGCUCUCUAGACACCACAAUAAUGGGAAGUAGGAACGGUCAUGCUCCAAUCUUCUUGUGGUACGCCUUAAACAUGAAUGGUCAUAUGGGAUUUCAAAAACAAGUUGAACAGUGCCUUACAAAUGCUCGUUACUUGAAAGACCGGCUUAAGGAAGAAGGGAUAAGUGUCAUGCUCAAUGAAUUGAGCAGCACCGUGGUGUUUGAACGACCUCUGGAAGAUGACUUUGUCAAUCGAUGGCAACUCGCUUGUCAGGGAAGCAUGGCGCAUGUUGUUGUCAUGCCCAGUGUCACUAUUGAAAAGCUUAAAGAAUUCUUGGAUGAGUUGUUAAAGAAACGAACAGACUGGUACAAAGAUGGAGGAGUUCAGCCUUCUUGUCUUGCAGAUGACAUAGGGGGAGCCAAUUGUCUUUGUCCUCUUCACAAGUAG